CCAUGGAUGCGAGGGAGUCGUUGCUAUCAGAAUCGUUGGUAGAAGAGGAGUCCACCGAGGCAUCCAUUUCCAUGCUUGAUGAAAGGUCCAUGUUCUCGUCAUGACAAAUGGGGCUGCAACUCGAUCGGUUGCUGCUGCUGCUGCUGCUGCUGCUGCUGCUGCUGCUGGGCGAUUGCAAUGAGAUAUCCAAAGCAGGUGGUAUGAUCUCAUCUACCUUGCAUCUAAGUUCUUUGCAAGGAGUGCUCUUGUGUUCCACAUCGAGAAUUGAGGAGAUGCUGGUCUUCUCACUACCCGUAGCAAGUGAGAGAAGCACGAAGCAAGCUUGUUCAUCUGACAUCUCAGAUGAGGAGUUCUUGACCUUUAUGUCCGAGAUAGUUGUGUGCUUGUUGGUUUGCUUGACCUUUGUGUUGGGUUCCUUGUGCGCCUCUUGUCCAUAAUACGGGUAGAUAGGAUUGAAAGGCAUGCAAGCUUGGUAAUAAGAGUGUGAAUAGUAGUGAGGAGGAACAACGCAUGACGCAAAAGUUGUUCCAUUGCUCUCUUGUUGGCAUGUAGGGUUUCGAUACUGUACCAUCUCGGAUCAACAGGAUGUCUCGGUGUAAGUAGGGUGUUGGAGCACGGGCAAGUAGAAAGUCGGUUGGAAUCCAGCCAGUUGCACAAGAUGAACAAGAAGAUGAGGGGGAGGGAAUAGAAGCUACUGGCGCAGGAAGUGAGUUGAAACACAGGGAUCAAUGAAGGGGAAGGAGAGGUGGACCAGGACUUGGACCAGGAGAGGUCGCGGCGGGAGGGGAAGGGAACGGGCGGGGGAGGAAGGGCACCAG